AUGCUGCACAGCACCUCGGUGCUGCUCGCCGCGCGUGGUCUGAAACUCUUUGAAGUUGCUCGAAAGUUACCGAACUAUGGUUACGGUCAGCGUUUUACACGAAAGACCUGGAUUCGUAACGGACACGGUGACGACUCGUUCUGGAUGUUGACACGAAUUAUUGCGCGCAAGGAGGGUACACGCCUCAAGGCUUACGGGCGGUUCACCUGGCGAGGUGUGACCGAAGAGAAGGAGCGGGAAAUUCGUGGUGCCCACAAACGUGAGUGGAAGCUCUUCGCUCCAAACGCCGCCUCGUCACCUCCAACGGGUCUUGAAGGACCCAAUGACCGAACACGACACAAUAGAACAGAGACUCCUGGCUCAUCGAGGUGA